AUGGGGUUUAAGUGGAUUUUAAUAGAAAUAAAUAUUCAUAUAAACUCGUUUAGUUUAACCAGUUUUUUUAUUCGAUUAAAAAAUAUUUAUUAAAUGUGAUUUACUUAAAGUUAGUGAAGACCAUAUUAACCAAAUGUAUACAUAUAUUUAACAGAAUAUAUUAAAAAUAUUUUGGUGCGGGCUGGUUUUGGUAUUGGUUUUCGGAUAUAACACUUUAAGAAACGUUAAAAAUAUUUCGGUGCGGGUUGGUUUUGGUAUUGGUUUUUGGAUAUAACACUUUAAGAAACGUUCGAGUAUAUAAACAAGGUCUAAUAGAAUAUGAGACUUUGAUUUUCAGGUCAAUUCUGAGUCGAAUUUUUUGGUUACGAAUAUUCUUGACUAAUUAUGUUAAGUAACUAAUAAUAAAAUAUAAUAUGUUGUAAACUUUAGGAAUAAAGUUUAAAAAUAAUUUCUGAAAAGCAUAUAGCACAAGUGUAUAGUUAAGCAACUUGACAUAUUUAAUAUAGUUACCAAAAUUAUGUUAAACACAAAUAUUAUUAAAAAAAAAUACAAAUAGAAAAAUUAAAUUUUUCAAAAAAAAAUAAAACAAAAAAUAAAAAAGAAACAGACUAAACCGCAACUUGAGAAAACAAUGGUUUAUAAAAGAAAACAGGUUAUCAAUUAUAUAAGUUAGUUAAUAUUUUAAACCAUGUUGAUUUGUAAAGUGGAGAAAACAAACAAUGUUGAUAGGAAACUACGAAAUAAAAGUAACGUAGUUGGGUCAUGAAGUAACUGUGUAAAUACAUUCCUGAGAAAUUGCAACACCAUGUUUUCGAGUAGACGCUUAAGAAAGGACAAGUUUUCAGCAAUGUGUUAGCUUGUAACGUUGUUCAGUAAUUACAGCUAGAUUUUGUUAUCAGGUUUGUGUUUUCUUGUAUAUAUAUGGAAGCUUAUUUAUACAUCCAUUACAAAAAGCAAGCGAAAUGUUUUAUUAUGAAUAUUCUUCGCCGACCAGUUUGUCUCACAAGUCAGAAAAGACGCUAAUUGCAAUUUUCAAAAUACAAGAUAUGAUGAUUAAUAGAUUACUUAGAAUUUUUUGACCAAAAAAAAAAAGAUUACUUAGAAUUUAGUGACUAUGAUCCAAUCAGAUUACUAUAUGCAGUUUUGUGGUCUACAAUUUUGAAUACUCUCGAAAUUUCGUUUAUUAUCAUAUGAAGUCUGUAAUGGUAACUAUCUAGGACAUGCACGUAUAUGGUCGUUUAUGAUAUUAUAAAAGACGUUCAUCAUAUCUGGAAGGUAUAACCAAAGUAGGAUUUCUUAGCCGAGAAAAUAAAAGAAAAGACUAACCAUAGUUCGAACGUGGAAGAACAUCGUUUCAUGUGAAUCCACGUUUGUCAUACACGCUUCCUUGUAUUGUACAUCAAUACUAUCAAAGUCAGAACGUUAUAACAAUUUUAUACAACGAUAUAACCGGUUCGCCCACGUGGACGUGCCACCCUAGUGAAACCUUAUAUAUCCCUCACUCAUCGACCACUAAUCCAUAUCUCUCUUAAUUCAUUACAUUUAUUUUUCCUCAUUCAAUUUCUUUUUCUUAUAAACAAAUAAGAUCAACUACUUUAAUCUUGUAAUCAAGAAAACAACAAAAAGAACAAAGGGUUUUUGUGGUGGAAGUUAUUUUUCGUUUUUAUAAAAAUGAGGCAGUUUAUGAAAAUUUUCCCACUAUUGGCCCUCGUAGUCAUAAGCUUAACCGGAACGGCUACGGUAAAGGCUGCGACGGGAUUGAACCCUCCGGUGAAGCUGGUUUGGCAUUAUUACAAAGUUACCAACACUUGUGAUGAUGCAGAGGCUUAUAUUAGACACCAAGUCGAAAAGUUUUAUAAGAAUGACACUACCAUUGCUCCGAAGCUUCUUCGUCUUCUUUACUCGGAUUGUAUGGUUAAUGGAUGUGAUGCUUCGGUACUUUUACAAGGACCAAACUCAGAGAGGACAGCUCCACAAAAUCGAGGACUUGGAGGUUUUUUGAUAAUCGAUAAAAUAAAACAAGUUCUUGAAUCACGUUGUCCUGGUGUUGUUUCUUGCGCUGAUAUACUGAAUCUUGCCACUAGAGAUGCUGUUCACAUGGCCGGAGCACCAUCUUAUCCUGUGUUCACGGGGAGAAGGGACGGUGGGGCACUAAGUGCAGACGCUGUGGAUCUACCGUCACCGUCUAUCUCAGUCGAGGAGUCACUAGCAUACUUCAAUUCCAAAGGUCUUGACGUUUUGGACAUGACUACUCUUCUAGGAGCACAUUCGAUGGGGAAGACACAUUGCAGCCACAUAGUGAACAGGUUGUACAACUUCAAGAACACUGGAAAACCAGACCCGACCAUGAACACAACAUUGGUGUCACAACUUCGAUACCUUUGUCCUCCAAGAACACAAAAGGGCCAAACCGAUCCACUCGUUUACCUAAAUCCAGACUCAGGCUCGAGCAACAGAUUCAGCAGCUCUUACUACUCUCGUGUCCUGUCUCAUAACGCUGUCUUGGGCGUGGACCAACAGUUGCUCUACAACGAGGACUCGAAGGAGAUCACUCAAGAGUUCGCUGCAGGUUUUGAAGAUUUCAGAAAAUCUUUUGCUUUGGCAAUGUCGAGGAUGGGAUCUAUCAAUGUGUUGACCGGCAAAGCUGGAGAGAUUCGCCGAGAUUGCAGAGUUACCAACGCCAACUACGGUGCUUAAUAUAUAUAAAUAUGAUAUCUUAUUUUAUGUGUGUAUGUGAUUGUUGUACUAUAACCUAAAUGUUUAUGUUGUUUUGAUAAAAUCUUUAAUCAAUAAGGACGAUAUGGAGAACAAAUAACAGAGAUCCAGUUAUUUAAUUGAUCUAUUGUUGUAAUUAUAGAACUAAACUUCUAUGAAAGAAAGAAAUAUUUUAUUUUCUGUAUCCAAAAAUGGUGUUACUAUAUAAAUAAAAAUUGCUUAUUUUUUGUUAUGGAUGUACAGACACUAACCUAUAGUAUUAAUAUGGCAUGUUCUUGUUUUGUAAGUGUAAUCUAAUUUUGGAAUCCAUAUUUAAAACAAAUCCAUAUAGAUUUGAAAACGAAUCUUUAAAUGAGAAAAAAAAACAUUCACUAAAC